UCGUGUAAUACUUCUUCAUCUUCUACUAAAUGUCCUACUUCAUGUUCUGCUAAAUGUUCUACUUCAUGUACUUCUUCAUCUUCUGCUAAAUGUUCUACUUCACGUACUUCUUCAUCUUCCACUAAAUGUUCCACUUCCUGUAAUACUUCUUCAUCUUCUACUAAAUGUUCUACUUCGUGUAAUACUUCUUCAUCUUCUACUAAAUGUUCUACUUCGUGUAAUACUUCUUCAUCUUCUACUAAAUGUCCUACUUUAUGUUCUGCUAAAUGUUCUACUUCAUGUACUUCUUCAUCUUCUACUAAACGUCCUACUUCACGUACUUCUUCAUCUUCUACUAAAUGUUCUACUUCGUGUAAUACUUUUUCAUCUUCUACUAAAUGUUCUACUUCGUGUAAUACUUCUUCAUCUUCUACUAAAUGUCCUACUUUAUGUUCUGCUAAAUGUUCUACUUCACGUACUUCUUCAUCUUCCACUAAAUGUCCUACUUCACCCUCUCGAAGUAAGUGCAACGUCAUCUCGACAAGAACCGUUGGUUGUUUACCAGGAUCAUUGAUCCUUCAAGAAGAUGACAGCUGUGAAGCGGCAUGCAAGUGA